AUGGCUCAUUUUGCCUUGCUAUGGAAGGCAAGAGUCAUUGAGAAAUGUAGAUUAGAAUACGAAGAGGAAAAAAUUCACUCUGUAUUGCUUACCAACGUGGACAUUCCUAAAAGGACAAUGAUGCAAAAAUGGACACAUUAUAGUUGGAACACAAAACAACGUCUGAUCAAAAAAAUUAAAAAGUUAUAUCCUGAAGGCUCGUCGAUAUCCAAUUUUAUUGUUUAUUUAACAACGGAUCAGACCUUUCCCAAUUUCUUGAUGAAAAGUGUUAUAGGAUUUAUCGGAGGAAUCAUCCUCACUUACCUUUGCUUUAUGUUCUUCGUGUUUCAACUAUCGAUAUCUUUGAUUCAUGCCACUAUUAUGAGCUCCAUUAUUGGAGUUCUUCUCACCCUUGGGCUAGCUUUCAGCUAUCGUGUCAGGUGUCUUGUAUUUUUACUUGUUCCCCAAUUUUUCUCUCGCGUGGGAAGAUAUACGCUGACAUGUUAUGCCCUCGUUCUCAUAUUGACUGGUCCCGCCACAAACACCCUUAAGAACUCUGAGGUGCUGUCGGAGUCAAUGGCUUGUAGCCAGGAACAAAUAAAGACAAACGUAAAGCACAUAGCGGACUCAAUAAACAACCCAUUCAACGCUAUGAAGGACUGGAUAAAGGUAAUGACGGAGAGAAUAAAAGGGAUAGCCAAGAAGACGAAAUCGAUGCUUGUGACAACACAUCGAAUGGUGAUCGGCAUUGCAAGCGUUCUGGAAUCGUCCUUUCCGUGGUUGAAUUUGAUUACAAAUAAGUGCAACGAAAAACUUGGCACACCUUUCCAACACUGCAGUCGUUUGUUAAAUAAGCAAGGAAUCGAAAGGCAAUGCAAACAACAUUCAAAUAGCAAACUGCCUUGGUUUUGCAACGCCACUUACUUGACUAACUUCGCAUGCCGGUCUUUGAAAUCUUCGCGAAGAAUCUGCGAAAUUGCUGACUAUACGAGGAGUACUAUUGUUGCUACGAUGAGAAGAAAAUUCAAAACCUUCACAAGCCGUAUCCAGUCGUUGUUUUACGUGAAAAUCCACGUGCACCAUUCGUACACAUUCAGUAGCAACGCGAGUAGAUCGGCAAGUCAAGUGGCGGCCGGCAUUGUCACCGAGAUCAGGAACAGAGCCGAUCCGCUCUUGACUUGGUUGUCGUGGAGCUCGUGCGUCACCAGUUUAGCUAAAUACUACCAACAUAUGUACGAGACGAGAUCUCGCUUCGACAAUCGCUACAUCACAAAAGAGCUGCGCAACUUGGAUUUUCAAAGGCUCAAAGAGGGAAAAGAAACAGUUUUGCCAUUGAAUAAGAGAGAGAAGGCUAAGUACAUCACAACAACGUCAUUUCGACUAUUAGAAUCAGAAAAAGUGUAUCUCACACGUUCAGUGGUGUUCAUGAUUAUCACAACAUUCAAACUUCUCAUCCAUAUGGUGGCAGACUACAGCUUGUACUGGGUAUUGAUGACUAUACGGUACCAUGGCCGAUUCCAAACGCCUUUACAACCUGGGCCUACCGAUGCAGGCUUGAAAAUAUCUGGCACAGGACCUAUUGCGGAGCUGCUACGUUCUUUGAUCGGUUAUUUGACUCUUCCCCUUUCAACACCUCGUACUUCCACAAUCUCAUGCCUUCCUAAUCCUUAUCCGCCUGAUUUGCAACGUUAUACGCAAAUUGGUGUACUUAUUUUACUUAUGUGGUUCUUUGCCCUCUUCGAACCGUAUGGGCUUCGUUUGCGCCAUGUUGUAAUGGGCCAUUACAGACCGGAGCGUGCUACAGCUCGCGCUUUGUGGCUUUAUAAUCAUAUUCUGAGGACAAGAGGUGGGUUUAUGAAAUUCGCAAGACGGAAGUUGCACAGAGAAUACAAAUAUUUAAAGGGAGACGAUCCCACUUUCGUGCAGUGGUUGGAUUCCCAAUUACCGUUUUGGUGGCUUCGGUAUCUGUUGGGAACUCUUCCGAAAGACCCAAUCUGUUUACUUUGCGAAAUUGAAGAGGAGCCUAACAAUGUUGUUGCGAAGCUUGUGAAAUGCGAUACACCAAAAUGUCCAGGAGUCUACUGCACCAAAUGCUUUAAUGAUUUGGGUCAACUUUGUACUAUUUGCUUGUCUCCAGUUGACUAUGGAGAUCUGAGCGACGUUAGUUUGGAAAAAAGUUCCUCUGAAGACAGUAGUAGUGAUAGUCAAGAUUUCAACGAACAUAUGGAGUCCGAAGAUGAUGAGUAUUCUAAGCAAAUACAAAAUUUUUUUGGAAAGCGUGAAAAUACGAGUUCAAGAUUUACAUUUUUACCAAAAAGGGAGCCUGAUACUAACAAUCAAUGGAAAUCAAGUAAAGCUUCCAACAAUAAUCCGAGGCGCUCAUUCGAUGAUAGUAAACAAAGUGAAAAAUCACAAAAGGAACCUAGUAAAGACGACACUAUCAAAAAGGAAGAACCGAAGGAAAGAAGUGAAGCUGGGAAUGGUGAUAAGCCUAGCGAAGAUAAACUAGAGAGUAGAAGUACCUGUUACUGUAUGAAACACAUACGUCGACUUUGUUUUUGUCGUUAUGCAGACAUCAACUUUGGACCGUGUUCAUUAUUGAGAAAAUUGUUUGGAAAAAGUAAAUCAUCCUCAUCUAAUACCAUUAAUCAUAAAAGGAGAAAAAAGGACAAAAGCGAUAACGCUAUAAUAGAAAGUAAAAAGAGUCCAAUAAAUGAAAAGAAUGAUGACGAAACCGCUAGAAUUUACAGAAUAUCUGCUUACAUCGGCCAACAGGAAUGGAUGAAGGGAGAACUCAGUAAAUCAAGUAAGACAGAUUGCAAGAAUAAAAAAGUAAUUUCAACAAAAUCAAUUAACAGUCUACACAAACUUAAAACUGGGUCAAAAAGAAUUAUUGAUACGGUGAAACAGUUAGAUCAAAAAAAGGAAACUCCAAUUAAUACUGCUGAAGUUGCUGACGACGAUGAUCACAAUAACAGCAAUGGAAUAAAUGGAGAUUCACAGAAAAAACAGGCUGCAACAACAAACGAGAAUACAAACACUAUAUCAACGGAUUAUGAUAUAUCUAAAAGUUUACGGUACUACUGUUCUAUUGGUAACACAGAAUUUGAUCAAAUUGAUGAUCCGGACCAAAAUAUUAAAGCUGUUGUUAAUAAAGAUUUUAAAAUUAAUGAAACACUGUUACUUCCGGGCUAUGUCGGAUCGUAUCCUGCAAUUACGUUCAAGUUAUUUGCAAGUACAUACUUUGUAGAGAGUAUGGUGGCAUGA